UCCGCCCCCGUGUGCAGAGCUGUGAGCUCGCUCUUGGCGAGCCUUCGCAUAAUCAGAGUCCCACAGCCCUGCAAGGCUAUUGUUAUUCUUAAAUACCACAGAGAAGUAAGUGAAAAAUGUGAGAUUCUCCAACACUGGAAAGCCUAGAGGAAAGUUCUGUCUCAUCUCUGGAUUACUACGUGCAAAUUUUUUGUGUGUCAUGUCGAAGAAACGCAAAUGGGAUGAUGACUACGUUCGUUACUGGUUCACCUGUACAACAGAGGUUGAUGGAACGCAAUGCCCGCAGUGUGUAUUGUGCAACUCAGUAUUUUCAAAUGCUGACCUCAGGCCAUCAAAACUGUCAGACCAUUUUAACAGACAGCAUGGUGGGAUAGCUGGGCAUGAUCUCAGUAGCCACCUGCCAGCGCCGUCUCACCAGAGGGAAACUUUGAAAGCACUUGGAGUUGCAUCUCAUGAAGACACCUUGUUACAGGCAUCAUACCAGUUUGCGUAUUUAUGUGCCAAGGAGAAGAAUCCUCAUACGAUAGCUGAGAAAUUAGUCAAACCUUGUGCACUGGAAAUAGCACAAAUAGUUUUGGGCCCAGAUGCGCAGAAGAAGCUUGAACAGGUACCUUUGUCAGAUGAUGUGAUCCAUUCUAGAAUUGAUGAAAUGAGUCAGGAUAUCUUGCAGCAGGUGCUAGAAGAUAUCAGAACCAGUCCUCUCAGGGUGGGUAUUCAGCUUGCGGAGACAGCGGACAUGGACGACUGCAGUCAGCUGAUGGCAUUUGUGCGAUAUAUAAAAGAAAAAGAGAUCGUAGAGGAAUUCCUGUUCUGUGAACCAUUGCAGUUAACCACGAAAGGCGUAGAUGUGUUCAAUGUUCUUAGAGGUUUCUUUCGGAAGCACAAGAUAGCACUUGAUGUAUGUGGCUCUGUUUGUACUGAUGGUGCCUCCUCUAUGCUGGGAGAGAACUCCGAAUUUAUUGCCUCUGUGAAAAAAGAGGCACCUCACAUCACGAUCACACACUGUCUGUUGAACCCCCAUGCGCUUGUCAUCAAGACAUUGCCUGUGAAACUGAGGGACGCAUUGUUUACCAUGGUGAGGGUGACCAAUUUCAUCAAAGGGAGAGCACCGAAUCAUCGCCUCUUUCAGACUUUCUUUGAAGAAAUUGGUAUAGAAUAUAAUGUCCUCCUUUUCCAUACAGAAAUGAGGUGGCUUUCCCGAGGCCAAAUCCUUACUCAUAGUUUUGAAAUGUAUGAAGAAAUAAAUCAGUUUCUCCAUCACCAAAGCAGUGAUUUAAUUGAUAGCUUUGAAAAUAAAGAAUUUAAAAUUCACCUAGCAUACCUUGCAGAUUUAUUCAAACACCUAAAUGAACUUAGUGCAUCAAUGCAAAGGAUUGGGAUGAACACAGUCUCAGCUAGAGAAAAGUUAUCUGCUUUUGUUAGGAAGUUUGCAUUUUGGCAAAAACAAAUUGAGAAAAGAAAUUUUACCAAUUUUCCUUUUCUUGAAGAAAUAAUUGUCUCCAAUAAUGAAGGACUAUGCAUUGCAGCGGAAAUAGCAUUGCAUUUGCAACAGUUGAGUGAUUUCUCCCACUUAUAUUUUUCUGUCGGAGAUCUUGAUGAGGCAAGCAGAUGGAUCCUGGAUCCAUUUCUUUUUAACCUCAACUUUGUCAAUGAUGGCUAUUCAAUGAAAAACGAUCUUGCUGAAUUACGAGCUAGUGGCCAAAUCCUAAUGGAAUUUGAAACAAUGAAGCUUGAGGAUUUCUGGUGUGCUCAGUUGACAGUGUUUCCAGCCCUGGCAAAGGUAGCGCUAGAAAUCCUUAUACCAUUUGCAACUACGUACCUUUGUGAGCUGGGACUCUCGUCACUUUUACAUUUCAAAGCCAAGUCCAGAAGCUGCUUUAACAUGAGUGAUGACAUCCGCGUGGCCAUUUCAAAAAAAGUUCCUCGUUUCUCAGAGAUCAUUGAGCAAAAGCUACAGGUACAGCAGAAGUCACUGUGAGCCAAUAUACACUUCUCAUGUCUAAUUUUUUAGCGUACUCUUAAUGCCAUUGUAAAAUUUAGCAGAGUUGUGUUUUCUUUCCUUUUAUAAUUAUGGUAUACUGAAUUCUGUGUAUUAAAAUCUUUUUGCUAUUUUAACUUUUAAGGAGGCAUUUGAAAAUAUGUUUCUAAAUUAAGCAGAAAACAUAAAGUACCACUGUUUGGUAAACACAGGAAUUCUCUGAUUCCAAGUUUCCAUGUAACUUAUUGACACAAUACAUAAAAGGCCCCUAAGCAUACACUAUCAAGUGGUACAGUAGGCUAGGAAUUAAGCCAAGAAAAGAUAAAGGCUUCCAGAAGCCAAAAAACCGAAAUUACCCCUUUGGACCUUU